AUGUCCGGAGGCGAUGCUGCUGGUGUCGAGAAUACGGCGCAUAAACCGCCGCCGCGGACGACGCCAGCUGGAACGAACGACGCGCAGAAGCAGCAGAAACAGAACACGAAGAAGAACAACGCAGGACUCCCGACGGCGUAUCGACACAACGAUAUGAACGACGCGACGUCCGACGCGAAGACGUUCUCAGCCACUGAACAACAACAAAUGCACAUGCAGCAGCAACAACAACAACAGUACGCGCAAGCGGCGGUGGUGCAGCAGUACGCGCAGGCGUAUUAUUAUCAGAUGGCAAUGGCACAGAGCAUGGCGGGUGGGCCGCAAAUGCAGCAGAGAACGCCGAGAGCGAGCGCUGGGGAGGAGCACAUGCAGCAGAUGAUGAUGAUGCAACAGCAGCAGCAGCAACAGCAGCAACAACAACAACAACGGCAAACGGGCGAAUCGAAUCAGCAACAACCGGGAGGGGGUAUGUUUAACAUGCCCAACGCGAACUCGUACAUGCAGAUGGCAAUGAUGAACCCGCAAUUUGCAGUGGCGUUUCAACAACAGCAACAACAAACGUCGACGGCAGGAGGAGGAGCGGCGUUUGCAAACGGUCAGGUUGGGUAUAACUACCCGCCCGGGUACUACCAACAGCCUCAGCAAUACAUCACUCCGAUAAAGCCAAACGAAAUGAACAACGCGAACGCGAACAAAGGAAGUGCGAGUGGGAAAACGAACGGGACGCGAACGUCUCGGAAACGGAAAACAGACGCAGAAAGAGCGGCGAGAGUUUGCGUUAAUUGUCAGUGCACAGAUUCUCCGUUUUGGCGGAAAGAGAAGAACGGCGAGGGGAGUUUGUGUAACGCGUGCGGUUUGUAUUUUGCUAAAAACAACGCGCCGCGACCGGUUGGGCUUUGGAAACGUGAGAGAAAUGCGAAUACGCUCGUUUUGAAACAGCAGAGGCUUCAGCAACAACAGGAGCUGGCUGCUCAAAAGCUAGAACAACGUAACGGUGAAAGAGGCGCUCCAUCGACUUCUCCAAAUAAUCAUACCUCUGAAGAAGAAGGUGGAUAUCAACAGCAGCAAAACGAUUCCGGAUCUGGUCGUCAAAACCAGAAAACUGCAUCGAACGAGGCAGGCAGCGACGGCGCCAAGACGGAAUCCGUGGAAAAGGCGAAUCAAUCCGGCGGAAACUCCUCUGACGAGAACAACGAAAAAAAAGGAGGAGGGUCUGAGGAGAACACCGACGACGACGAAAAUGAAAACGAAAACAAACUGGAAUGGAAGAGAGCGAAAGUCGUAUUGGAGACGACGGGUGAGAGAAUAUUAGUAAGAGUCAGCGAGAGUGUAGAGAGAGGUGGGAGUAACGAGAGAGAGAGAGAGAGAGAGAGUGAAGAAAAGUGA